AUGCAGCUCCAUCCCUCUCACCCACACCAACCACCGGGUGCAUCAAGAAUAACGACGAAGCAAGACCAGAUCAACCAGGACAACAGCCAGUCAUUCCUCACAUGGAGAUGCUGGAAACUUGACCCUGCGAGCAUCAAUAAGCUCGUUGCUGCUGAUCAGCCUUCUUCUUCUUCUCCUGCUGUCGACGGGCAACCCGCAAACCUGGACCAGCAGAUGAAUCCUGCCGAUGAUCCGGCCUCUCGUCCUGCCGUGGAUCCGCUGCAUGAACUCUUUCGUGGGGGUUAUUGGGAUAAGAUCCCGGAAAUUAAUUGA